AUUCCCCAUUUGCAAAUAUAGAUUUGUCUUUGUUUCCAAACAGACUUGUUAUUGUUAUUUAUCUCUAUUUUUACUCAGAAAAAGCCUGGAAACGGUGAAUUACCAAUGAGUCAGCGAAAAGUGAUAUCAAAUGAGAAUUACCAAUGCAUAUCCCGCAUCCGUUUGUACCACAUACGAAUUCAUAAAAUGUGAGCUGCCUAGAUUCAGAUUCUUCCAAAAUGGUCGGUUAUGAUCCUAAGAAAAAGUUAUCAGAGUUAGAUUUUAUGUUUGCCGGUUCUGCAUCAGGUGUUAUCACAAGACUGCUUUGUCAGCCCUUAGAUGUGUUGAAAAUCCGAUUUCAAUUACAAGUGGAACCUAUUGAAAGAAAUGUAAUUCUCAAUUCUAAAUACAGAACCAUUAUUCAAGCAACAAAGUUGAUUUUUCGGGAAGAAGGAGCAAAAGCAUUGUGGAAAGGUCAUGUACCUGGUCAAUUACUUUCUAUUAGCUAUGGCUUGGCACAAUUCACCACAUUUGAAGUUUUAACUAAGGAAUCUGCAAAACUAGGCAUCACGAAGAAAUGGGAUAUAAUUGUCCAUUUUAUGUGUGGUUUAGUUUCUGGUUGCACUGCAACUUUCGUAUCUUUUCCGUUUGAUGUUGUAAGAACCAGACUUGUUGCUCAAAGUGAGGGAAACAAGAUAUACAAGGGAGUGCCCAAUGCAUUUUAUCAGAUUGUUAAGCAGGAAGGACCUCUUGUCCUGUAUCGAGGUAUGUUACCUACUUUCAUGCAGGUUGGGCCCCAUGCUGGAGCACAGUUCAUGUUUUAUAAAAUAUUCGAUAAUCUGUAUAAGAACACUGUUGACUCAGAUAAAACAACAUUAGCAAGUAGUACAGUUUCUGGCAGUUUGGCUGGCUUUUUUGCUAAAAUCGUUGUUUAUCCUUUCGACUUGAUUAAGAAAAGGUUGCAAAUACAAGGUUUCAAUAGAGGAGAUAUGUUUGGUGAAAACUUUGUUUGUAAUGGAAUGAUUAAUUGUAUGUCUCGAAUAUAUGAGAGGGAAGGUUAUAGAGGUUAUUUCAAAGGAUUAAAUGCUAGUUUACUCAAAGCAGUAGCUACUUCAGCAUUGUAUUUUUCGAGCUAUGAAAUGGUUUGUGAGGCCAUUCAAGUUUAUCGAACUGCAUGAAUCUUUUCUUUGUGAUAUGAAUUUGAGUAUAAUUCAUACUUUGUGAUAUAGUGGCCAAAAUGUAAAUGGAUUGGUUGAAUUUGAAUUUUAUUUUGAGAUGUAAAGUUUCUGAAGUUAUGUUAUUGUAGAUUAGAUAUUAUACAAAAAGUAUAUAGUGCAUUAGUGCAUAAAUUAUCAGAAGAAUAUUUUUAUUUGCAUUAUAUGUUUUUCAUUAUUUCAGCAAAAAUACAUUUAUUAAUGUCAAA